CAUACUAAAACUUCCCCCGGAGACUUUAGUGGGAAGAAACUUAAAAUUAGAAGCCUGAGUCAUCUUAUCUGGAGGAAUGGAAGAGCUGACUGGAGGUUGAGGGAUGUGGCAAAGGAAACGAGAUAGGAAAUGAGUAUGGGCUCAGGGCUGGGAACCUGAAAGAGGAGUUGAAAGUGUAGAACUUGAAAGGUAUAUCCAGGGCUAUGGUACACAGCUUAGACCUUGUUAAGUAACCCUUGCUUAAGAGCUAUCUUUUGAAAGGAGCACUUGACACACGCUCCAGAAAGUUAUUGGGUAUACUCCCAUUUUUUUUUUCUUUAAAUGAUAAGAUAUACCCAACACCAGUCCUAACUUCUGCCACCUUUUCCUAGUCUUUUUGAUAGCCAAAAAGGCCACAAGGCCCAAGUUCCCACUCCAUUGCCAUCUCUUGGUGGGGGACACAAAACUAUAGAUCAGAUGACCAGGGUGCUCUUCAUACCUGGCAGCAGUAGUAGGAAAGACCCUGCCAGGAGGGAAGCAAAUGCCUCAGUGUUCCCAUCCCCCUGCAGCUGACCACGGCCUGGGCCGGGGAGGGAGCACCCCAUGUCCACGUGCAUCCAGCAUGUCCUGCUAACUCUUCUUACAUAAGAUUCCCAAGUAUGGAGUCAGGGCAGCUGUGAAUCCCUCUUACCCGACGUCUAAUAAUAAAUCGAGGCUAAAUUUCCGGACUGCAGUCACUCUAGGUUCAGGAUUGAGGGGCUCUUUUGCAACCCGGACACACAAGCAUUCCGGUCAUCCCACCCGGAGAGUGCGCGCCAAGCCCGCCCAGCCCGCGCGCGCCAGUCCGCCCUCUGGUUUGGACGGCGGCUCCUAGGGCUCAGUGCCGCGCCCUCCCUCCCCCAAACAGCUUGUUCUGGGUUUGGUGCUGGGGUGCGGCCGCUCCAUCCUCCCAGCCCUACCCUGCCUUGCCCUGCUGGGCCGCCCUGCCUUAGCCCGGGUAUCAGGCGAGAGGCGGAGCCACCCGGCGUGCCCCGCCCCCGCGGUAGAAAGGGUUGGGCGAGUGUUACUCGCGGUCAGGGCUGGGACCUUUUAUCUGUGCUGCUGGAGGAGGUAGGAGGAGGAGACAUCAGGGGUGGUCCUGGGCGCCUGGGACACCUUUCCCGGACUAUAAAUCGAGCACCUGGAAUGGGCAGGGGGCCGAAGCAGCUACAGUCGCCCUUACUCACAGUCCGAUCAGUGACCGCAGCAGCGCCCUUGGGCAGCUACCAUCCGCAACGCAAGCACUGAGAACCAGAGGAUUUCGCAGUGCAAGAGCAGAAAAAGGCUAGACCCAGCCACCCACCGUCAAUCGUGAGCCAAAGAUAAGAGCAGCCCGGCCUCACGAAGGGCUGAGCUGAGACAGAAGCAAGUUAGAGAGGGCGGAGAAGGAUCUGGGAAUCCCGUCACACCGGCUUCAAGCAGGCUCCCGGCAUCAGCCUCUGAGAGCGCUUGAAGGCGGCAUCGCCAGCGGUCUAUCUCCGUGUACCAGCGUCCCUGUGUUUCCGCGCCCGCUCGGCCACCAUGAUGCAAAUCUGCGACACAUAUAACCAGAAGCACUCGCUCUUUAACGCCAUGAAUCGCUUCAUUGGCGCGGUGAACAACAUGGACCAGACGGUGAUGGUGCCCAGUCUGCUGCGCGACGUACCCCUGUCCGAGCCGGAGAUAGACGAGGUCAGCGUGGAGGUAGGCGGCAGUGGCGGCUGCCUGGAGGAGCGCACGACCCCGGCCCCAAGCCCGGGCAGCGCCAAUGAAAGCUUUUUCGCGCCCUCCCGGGACAUGUACAGCCACUACGUGCUGCUCAAGUCCAUCCGCAAUGAUAUCGAGUGGGGAGUCCUGCACCAGCCUUCUUCUCCGCCGGCCGGGAGCGAGGAGAGCACCUGGAAGCCCAAGGACAUCCUGGUGGGCCUGAGUCACUUGGAGAGCGCGGAUGCGGGCGAGGAAGAUCUGGAGCAGCAGUUCCACUACCACCUGCGCGGGCUGCACACCGUGCUCUCCAAACUCACCCGAAAAGCCAACAUCCUCACCAAUAGAUACAAGCAGGAGAUCGGCUUCAGUAAUUGGGGCCACUGAGGCGGGGGCUGUCCCCGCUGCCCAGCACCCUCUCUCGGGUCGGCUCUACCACCCCUCUCUUUCCUCCAAGCUAUUUUCUUCCUGGUUGUGGGGCGCAAAGGGCACACUGUAAAGUUGGGCUGUGUAGUUGGUGGGGUUUGUGUGGAGAAGAGGGCCUCAUCGCGAGAGCAGAGGAAAGUAGUCGCCAGAGAGGGGGGUUCAAAGACCCCCGGAGGGGGCCUACUCUGUGUUGGUGGGAAUGGAACUGGGCCGAUGUCCUUCAUUCAGCCUGUGCCUUUCUUGGGGUUUCUUUUCUGUUUUUAUUUCCGGAAGAGAAGGGCCUGAGAAAGGGCCAUGCCAGGGCACAGUGCUGGGUUACCACACAUGGGAGGGCAGCUUCUAGCCGGGUGCUUGGGGGAGGCGGGGCUCAGCCUCCUGCCGCCCUGCUUUGAGCUGCCAGAGGAGGCCUUGGCGUUGCUAGGAUUGCGUCAGUUUUCCUGUUUGCACUAUUUCUUUUUGUAACAGUGACCCUGUCUUAAGUCUUUAAGAUCUCUUUGCUUUGAAACUUCGUCGAUUCCAUUGUGAUAAGCGCACAAACAGCACUGUUGGUAACCGGUACUACUUUAUUAAUGAUUUUCUGUUACACUGUACAGUAGUCCUGUGGCACCCUAUCCCUUUCACGCCACCCCUCCCCCGCCCGUGUGUGUAAACUGGCGAUGUGCCAGCUAGGAUGAAGCUUGCCACUCGGCUAGCGAAAAUAAUUAACAUUAUUAUGAGAAAGUGGAUUUAUCUAAAGUGGAACCAACUGACAUUCUAUCUGUAUCGUAUGGAGAAUGAUGAAGGGCUCCACUGUUGUUAUAUGUCUUGUUUAUUUAAAACUUUUUUUAAUCCAGAUGUAGACUAUAUUCUAAAAAAUAAAAACGCAGAUGUGUUAACUAAACUGGA